CCCAAAAUCUGCAGUGUUGCUGAUUCUUUGUAGGCUCAUACUGACAAACUGUAAUGGAACAAAGCUAGCUCGAAUAGUCUGCUGCCAUUUAGCAUGUAUCCUUUUGUGCAGCGUGGUUACUGAGAAGUCUAACUUGAAGCACUGUGGAAGCGCCGUGUCAAGUCUCUCUUGCCAUGCGGACAUGGCAAGGGGCCGCGAAAGCAGUAACCCAAAAUGCUGCUUAACGACGCAUCAUAGUGUUCAGGAAAAGUGUAUACAGCAUAUUAUUGAGCGGUCCUUUGAUCGACGCUUGCAACCCGGCGUAAGGAGCAGAGCGCCGGAGGUGCAAAGUAGUUCGCCGUGACAGCAUAACUAUGGACUGGGAGAAGAAGACGGUGGCGCGGCCACCGUUGCGGGAGGCCGCGGCAGAUGUCUUCAAUGACACGAAGACGCCGGGCCAGGCACUCCUCACGGCCCUGCAGUCAGCGGAGACGGUCCGCAAGGAGCGCUACAACAGCACGGUCGCCGCAAAAAUGAAAGCCGCCCGCGAAUACCUCCCCGCCCUGGAGGUCCGCCACCCACCCAAAUCCGAUGGCACCAUCUUUGGCCGCCCGCCCGCCGAAGUAUCCGCCCUCCUGCCCGGUGGCGGCGGCGUCGCCGCCGCCGCGUGGCCGCUCACCGCACAAGCCGCCGCCGCUGCGGCCAUCGCAGCCGGCCAGAAGCCCCCCGCCGUGAGCCUGGAGCACGUCAAAGCCAUGAUGGAAUCCCAAAUGGAACGCCACAGCCGCGCCUGGGAGGCGUUUGUGAGCGCACGUGACACGGCUCGCUCCAUGCUGGAGCGCUCCGUGGCCGCGGCGGCCUCGGGGUUCCAGCAGAAGCUGGCGGCGGACGAUGCGGGUGUGGCGGAGGACAUGUCGGCGCUGGAUGAUGACCGGGUGAUGCGGCUGACGGAGCAGGAGGUGUACCAGGUGUGGGACUGCGUGGCUCAGCGCAUCCCGCAGCGCACCCGCUGGAUCGAGGAGUGCGCGGGGGCGCUGGAGGAGGCGGAGGAGCGGCGGCGGGAGACCGUGCAAGCCGCCCUGGUGACGCUGUGUGCGGCGCUGAACGAGGCGGCGGUGGUGAGCGAGGGCGAGGUGGAGCGGCUGGUGGAGAAGGAGGCGCUCGCACUCAACGUGGCCAUACUGGAAAACAGGCGCGCCUACGCGGACCUCAUCUCCCGGCUGCAGGUGGCCGAGGUGGAGGCGGAGCGCAGCCGCCGAGCUGCCUGGCAGGACGGACACCGGCGCUGGCGGGUACUGCGCACACAGCACGCCAUCAACACCUUUGUGGAGAGAGUCAGGAGUCCCGAGUUCUCGGAACCCUCGGACCGGCUGUCCGCCUUCGCAGCGCUGCGGGAGCGGCAGGCGGAGGCGCUGGCGGCGCUGUCGUCCCACUGGGGCCGCGCGGGCGCCGUCACGCCGCCGCACCUCUCCGCCAAGAAGGUGGCGGCGUGGACGGUGGAGGCGGCGGCGCUGGCGGAUGCCUGGGCCAAGGAACGUGCCUCCGCGCUGGCCUCCCUCCGCGCCGCCGAGGACGUGUUGGCGGGUCGCGUGCACGAGCUGCUGAGCGCGCUGCGGUUGGAGGUGUCGGGCUACCAGGGUUACCCGCCCGAGGAGCUGGAUGCGCUGGUGGAGCAGCAGGCGGGCAGGGCGGUGGCGGAGCGGAGGGAGGCGGCGAUCAGCCUCAUGCAGCAGGCCGAGACCUUCCUAGCCGAGCAGGCCGGCCAGUGGACCGCCACCAGCGCCGCGCUGGCGGGCUGGCUCACCCGCCUGUGUGCCAUGUACGAUGCACACCGCAGCCAAACCACCUCGGAUGAGUCAGAGGUUCGAGGCAGUCUGAAGCAAUCGCGUGAGGCGUUCAACGCGGCCGACGCGGAGCGCGAGGCGGCGUUGGAUGCAGCGGUGGCGGCGGUGACCCGUGGGUCAGGCGAGGCCCAGCUUGACGGCUGUGUGGCGGAGGCGCUCAAGCGACUUGACGACAUUGAGGCGGGCUACAGGAGUUUCCAUCGCGACAUGACCGCCCUAGCCCGCGCCUACCCCGCCACCGUGCGGGCCGCCAACGACACCUACCACGUGCGCCUCUGCGGCGAGCUGGGCGUGCAACCCCAGACCGCCGCUCUCAACGGCGGCACGCCGCGCAUCUCCUCCGCCACAGGCAGCAGCCUGCCCGACGCAGCGGCCAUCGCACUUGCAGCCGGCGCGGCCGCCGCCUCCAUGCAUGUGAUCGGUCACAUCAAGCUGCCGGAUGGGCGGUCGUUCGGGCUGGUGGUGGAUAUGCUGGAGAAGCUGCUGCACCCCGUGACGGAGGCGAAGCAGGAGGGCGAGGAGGAGGAGGAGGGGCAGGGGCAGCAGCAGCAGCAGACUUCCAGACCUGCGAGUGCAACGGAGGCUGCUGGUGCUGGUGCUGGUGGUGCGGAGUCGGCGGAGCGGCAGGCGACUCCGCCUCCCGAGCCCGCCAGCAGUCCAUUGAGCAGCAGCGGCAUGCCGCUGUGUCGCGCGCUGGAGCUGCCGAAUGACACGCUGCGCCGUACCAUCGACUCCAUUCAGUCCGGCAUGCUGAGCGACAUGAUGACCUUCUGCCAGCGCGCCGUGGAGGCAGCGGACUCCUGGGCGGCGGAGCGGGAGAUGUCUCUGACGGAGGAGCUGGACGGCUGGCUGAGGCACCACAGGCCCCGCGCCGGCCGCAUCGAGGAGGAGGUGCGCAUGGCCCGCAGCGUGGAGCUGGUGGCGCAGCGGCGGCGGGUGGAGCUGCAACUGCGCAACCAGAGCAAGGCGGUCAAGGCGCAGGCGGCUGCCUUCGACGAGGGCCUGCGUGUGCUGGAGGCGGAGGUGCGCAGGCGCAUCAGCCGGCUGCGCGCCACCGAGGACUUCCUGGGGCACUGCCUCAGCAGCAAGGCCAUAGGCAUCCGGCAGCGGGAGGCGGAGGCGCUGAGGGUGCGGCUGGACAAGGACCUGAACGCAAAGAUUGCGGAGCUGUCGGAGAAGACCCGCGCGGCCAUCGCAAAGAUUGUGGAGACCAACCGGAAAUUCGAGGCUGAGGAGCUGCGCACUUUCGACUCGGGUGGCAAGUACGCGGACGACAACGCGGCCGCCUACAAGCGCAGCCUGGCGGCCAUUGAUGCGCACCUGGAGCGGGCGGGGGCGGACAUGGCGCAGCGGCUGGAGGCCAGCCGAGGGGUGCUGGGAGGGGAGGCUGACGCGGCGUUGGCCCACGUGGUGUCGCUGGUUCCCAGCCACCUGGAGGACAUGGGGCUGCUGGAGAAGAUCGACUCGCUGGUGGAGGGCGCGCGCAAGAAGGCGGCGGGGGAGCUGGAGAGGAACAAGGCUGUUGCGGCGGCCAUCAACACGCACCUGGACCGCCUGGACGGCUUGUUAGACGGCCGCAAGCCCCCCGCCACACCCUCCGUCGCCCCCACCGCCACCACCGCCGCCGCCAGUCGCACCACCGCUGGCACCUCCCGCCCAUCCUCCGGCGGCCCCGCCUCCGCUGUCAUGCGGUCCCGUCCCUCAUCCUCCUCUCCCUCAAUGACCCACACCAGGCGUCUUGUCUCCGCCGACAUUCGAGGCGCCGCGGCCUCCGGCGGCUUGCCGUCACAGCCCACUCGCGGCGGCACCGCUGCGGGACCGCUGGACCGUUGCCGGGCCAUUUUGGAAUGCGCAGACGCCCUUCGCCAAGCCCUGCUGCGACAAGCCAAGGUUCUGGAUUUUAUUAAGUCGAGCUCCUUAUCAGCGCCGCCGGUAGAUCUCCGGAUUGACGCUGCUGGCGUUGACCCGCCUCCGCCUCCGCUGGUCCCGGAGCCGGACCCCGCUGCUGCGGCUGCAGCCGCCGCUGCUGCCGCUGCGGCGGCGGCGGCCGCGGCGACGCCAGCGGCCAAGCGGCCGACUGUCGCUUCCAAGACUGCUGCGGCUGCGGCUGCGGCGGCGGCGGCUCGUGACUCCGUGGUAAAGCUGGCCACGGAUGUGGAGGCAGUGAUUGACGCAUGCAAGAAGGAGACGGAGGCGGUGGCGAAAGCGUACUACACGAAUAAGGACAAGUCCCGUCCCAUCCGCUACCCCGCCCGCAUUCCCCCUACGGUUGAGGAGCUGCUGCACGGUACGGAUGCCGUACUGGAGGGCCUUCGGGAGCAGACGCUGACGUACGUGACGGAGGCCGUCAAGGAGCUGCGUAUCCAGGUCAUCCGCGCCUACCGCGCCAUGGAGCGCCUCCCCGCGGUGGCCAUGGCCCUGCUGGCGGACCACGAGGUGAGCUGCAUGGACGAGGAGCAGCGCGGCAUGACCUCGGAGCUGGAGAGCCGCCGAGGCGCGCUGCUGAAGCUGGUGGAGGUGCACCGGGGCAGCCUGCACCCGGAGAUGGUGAUGCCGGCGAGGCGUUCUGAGCUGGCAGCCGUCAAGGCCUCCGAAGCCGACCGCGCCGCGGCCCAUGGGUCGCUCCUGCUGACGUACGGCACCCAAGCUGUGGAGAUGACUCGCCGCCAGGCGCCCGCCAUGCAACAACGCCUGGUCCGCCUCGCAACGCAACUCGCACAGCUGCUCGACAGCUUCCUGAUGCCCCAAGACCUGCCGCCGCCAGGAGACGGCUGCGCAUGGGUAUACGACCUACCGCAUAAGGACUACAAGCAGCUCAUGCGGUUAGCGCUGGCGCAGGCGGAGGCCGAGGCGACGCCGCCGCCGCCACCUCCGCCGGACCCCAAGGCCGCCAAGCCCGCGGCCAAGCCGGCUCCGGGAGGGAAGGCGGCGAAGGGCAAGGUGGAGCCGCCGCCGCCACCGCCUCCGGAGCGGCCGUACACGCCGGGGACAUGGUCGCUGCCAGCGGGCAACUUUGACCUGCUCAGCCUGGGCUGGUUUGACGAGGAGGGUCGGCCGCCCCACGGGCUGCGGCAGCCGCCUCCGCCGACUCCGCCGCCGGCCCCCGAGCCGCCGCACACCCCGCAUGCGCAGCUCAAGAGCGCCAAGCAGUCGAAUGCAGCCGCAGCGGCGGCCGCCAAUGCGGCGGCGGCAGCGGCGGCAGCUGCGAAGCAGCACCCGUCCUCCGCCAAGCCAGAUGUGUCUGCGGCACGCGCUUCAUUGGUUCCGGAGCCGGCGCCCUUGUCCGCACUGGACACCCCCUGCCACCGCUGCGUGGUUAGGGCCUACCGAGCUGCCGUACAGCGUGUGGAGGAGGCCCUGCGGUCGCACACCUCGGGUCACCGGCUGCGGCUGUCCAGCUGGGCGAAGGAUGAGGAGCUGUGGGGCAGGACCUGGGCGCAGCUGGUUGGGAGGCUGGAGGGGCUCUGAGUGGCUGUAAGGGGGAGGGCCGGCUGGGACUGCCGAGGAGCAAGGGUAGAUGAAAACAACGAGCUGUAUGACGUGGCUUCAACGUGGGCUGCUACAUUGGACACUGGGGGGGUAGUGGAGAAGGGACCUAGGGGAAACGUGCUAGAAGUGGGUGCUGGGCACUGAGUGGGGUGCAGGUGGGGUGUCGGGAGGUCCAGUGAAGUAUUGGGCGGACACGGGGGCCUUGCAGCAUGUAAAGAGGGAGGGUAUGCGAGCACGGGGACAAUGCACGGCGGUGGUGUAUAGGGCGUUUCCGUGGCCCGCCAUUGCUCAUAUGCGUGCAUGCUAUGGAUGAGAAGCUGUGGACGAGCAGCAGGAGGCCAAGUGUGGGUGCCGUUUUCGAUGGGCACGGCACAUUGCCAAGUGUGUUCUUUGCCCGGUUGUGGUGUACUGCUUGCUGGGAUGGUGGCAUCGUUCAUGCGCCGGCAGCAACCGGCGGGACCGUUCUGGAGCAAUAGCGCACUUUAGUUAACCCGUGCGGGCAUGGAGGUUCAUUGUUGACUACAUUUCUCCAAUAUACAGGCUUAUCCAAUAUAAUCGAAUUGACUCUGUAACAUCGCGACUUUGUGA